AGAAAUGGGGCAACUAACACAGAUCAUUUAACAACUGUCCUCAACCUGCAGUUUGCCAUUUAUUGUCGCCUGAAAAAUAUAGAGAAAAAGAUCACAUGCCUACAGCAACUGAUUUCCUUACAUCCUUUUAACCCAUGGAACUGGAAGCUACUUGCUGAGGCUUAUAUGAGCUUUUUACAGACUCUGCCUCCAUCAUUCAUUUCAGAAAUGAAACUUGUUCAAUUCAAAGAUUGUGCUGCAAUUGACCAAGUUUUCCAAACCUCACCAGGACUGUUUGGAAAAGAAAUGAACCUUCAAUGUCACAAAACGCUCAGCGGGAGAGAAGACGUUUGGUCAACACUUUCUAUAAAAACAACCAGAGACAACUCAGUAUCUUACAGCGAUAGCCACAUGGUAGAGGGAUCCCUCCAUAUCACAGAAGAAUGUGAAACACGGGACAAAAUGAAACAUGCUACCUUUGAGUUCUGGGGACAGGAAGCAUUGAAAGAUGUUUGGAUAAAGGCAUGUGCCUCCUUUGUUAGAACAAGGUAACUAAAUAUAUAAUUAAAGGGAUAACCUUAACUACCCUUAGUCCAAAAGGAU